AAAGAUUUGAAUUUGAAUUUUAGUUUGUGAGCAGCAGUUAAACGAUUUAGACGAACAUACACCGAUCGUGCGAAUAGAAGAGGCAAAUGAAAAACGUCUCAGACGACACAUUAAUUUUGUGAACGGUGGCACGCGAGUUAUGUAAGAAACACUACAAUUUAGGCCGAAAUACAUUAAAACUAAGCAAAUAAGGAAAAAACAUAAGCAACUUUUUUUUUUGUAAAAACAAAGUCUAAAGUCCUAUAAAAAGAAGUUAAAGAAGCAGUCAAGAAAAACAAAUCGAUCAUAACGAUAACAACGAAAUCAACGAUAAAUGCAUAUAAAGGAAGUCGGUUAACAAAAAAUCUAAAAGAAAUUCAGAAAAAAAUCAAAGAUCGGAAAUGGCCUUACAAGCAAAUAAUAGAAAUCUAUUAAUGCGCAAUGAACGCACCAUGCCAGCCUGGGUGACAGAGCAAAGUGGUCGAAUAGGGCCCAAACCGCCACCACUGCCACCAGGGGCCACGGAAAAUGGUCAUGCCUCACCUCAAAAGCAGCCAGCAUUGCCGCCCAAAAAUUCAGCCCCACCAGAGCCGGAUUAUGAAGUGAUUGAGUUCUCUAAUCAGCAAUACUCCAAUGCCCCCUUAAGGCCUUCCUCGGCCAGUUCGGGUUCCAAGACACCAGAUACCAAGCUCAAGUGCACUCUUUGUGGUUCCGGCAAUCCUUGGGUCAUGUGCGAGGAAUGCUCAAAGCAAAUCUUUUGUGCCUCUUGCGAUGACAUGUUCCACAAGCAUCCCAAACGCAAAACACAUCAAAGAAAGGCUUUGGAGCAAAGCAUUCCCCCUUUACCACCCAAACUAGUGCCCGGCCAACCUGGUCCCACACCGCCAGUGGCCCCUCCACGACGCAAUAAACGUGGUUUCAUGACUCCGCUCAUGCAGCGCAAGGAUCAGGUGAAUUCAUCAGCUGGGGGUCAUUUUGGGGCGGUGCCCCCUUCGCCCACACCUUCCAUGAGAAAUAGCUCUUGGCAUGAUCGUGUGGGCUCCUUGAAAAGGGGUCUGAGUAUGAGUAUUCUCAAUCGCCCACUGCCGGAGACACCCAAGACACCCACCACUCCCAGUGAGUCUUCACGUUGUACAACUCCCAAGUCGGCCUUUGACAAUAUACAGCGGCCACCCUCAGUGGUCUUGGAAAAGAUCAAGAAUAAGGCAAGCGCCACUCUGGAUCGCAUGCAGUUACUGCAACAACGUUAUCGCCAGCAGAAAGAGCAAAUGGAAAGAGAGCGCAGUGGAUCCAUUAAUGAUCAGAAUCUCACCGCAUUUGAUCAGUGGUCAAGCAUUUCACCAUCGCCCUCACAUUUUCGUUCUGGCAGCAUGUCAUCUGGUAUCAACUCAUCCCAUCUAGAUCUAACGGACGAUUCAAGUUUCAAUUUGUUCCAUCAGCGCCAAAUGGCCUUGCAGCAUCACAAGGCAGCCGCCCAAAGGGCCAAUCAAUUGGGUCAGCGCGGCAUGUCCUCCUCGGUCUUCAAUUUGAAUCAGCCGAAUCGCAAGCCACCGCCAAUGAACAAUGGAUGGAUGCAGAAUCCCAUGCAACAGGCUCAGUCUAUGGCCCAAUUGAAUUGUUCCAAUUGCGGCCCAUCUCCACAAAACCCUUGGGGAGCUCCUCAACACAUGCAUAUGACUCAUGAUCCCUGGAGCAACCAGUUAAGCUCACAGCAACAAUUGAAUCGCUCCAAUCUAUCCUUGAAUGUGGGUCCCGGUUACAUGAUGCCCCACCAGCACCACAAUGGUAUGUAUCCUCCGCCGGUGUUUAUGACGCAGCGUGGAGUUAUGGGUCAAAUGUAUCCCCAAGGCUAUAUGGGAGGUAUGCCUGUUAUGAAUCCAGGCUUGGCUGGUAUGCCUCCUUCUGUCUCAAGAGCAGCUUCCCGCGCCGGUUCACGCAUGGGUUCGCCCGCUUUAAGCCGCAAAUCAGUGACACUUAGAAGAAAACAACGCUCCAGCUAUCGCGAUGAUGAGGGCACCGAUGACGAAGACUCCGAUGAGGAUGAUCGACGUUCCAUGGUCUCAAAUCGUUCGGCCAUGUCCAGAAGCCGCCAACGGCGUAUGUCUAGUGCCUCACAAAUACAAAUGGAUGAAGAUGUGGCCGAUAGUUCGAGCCAGCAAAGGUCACGUGUGCGCAGCCAACGCCGGGAUUCCAUAGCCAAGUCGGUGCACAAUGAUUGGGCGCCUGGCAGAAAACCUUCCACCAACAAUCGUUCGGUGGACUCCGGCUUCAAUAGUCCCAGAAAGCCCUCACGCAUAUAUUCCGAUCUGGAUUCAGAGGGUUCGGGCACCAGAGCUUUGGUUCAAGCCAAAAUAGAGCAAAAGCUGAAGGAAGAGUCCAUGAAGCAACAAAAACAAGGCAAAAGCAAACAAAAGCAGGAGAAGCCAGAAAAACCCAAGCAAACUACAUCAGUGCAGACAGCAGCAGCAGCAGCAAGUAAAACGAAAGCGGCAAAACAGCAAGUUGAGAAGGUGGUGGAAAAGGAAAAAACUCCUACAGCCAGUGAAUCCGAAGAGGAGGAAGAAGAAGAGAUGCAGCAAGAGCAGAAGCAAGAAGAAAAGAAAGUCCCUCAACAGCCGGAGGAAGAAAGCCUGGAGGAAAGUGAAGCUGAAGAAACCAAAGAUCAAGAAACCCAACCCCAACAAAAUGGCCAUGCCACUCCGGAGCAUGAGGCAGGAGCCACCGAAGAUGAAGAUGCUGUUCUAUUGGGCCCACCACCCUCUACUCCCGAUCAGGAAUGGGAAUGUGAAUUUUGUACCUUUGUCAAUGAGCCCAAUACCAAAAUCUGCAUCAUCUGCUGUAAGACACCCAGCAAACCCCCCAAACUUGUGGGCAAAGCAGUCUCACCACCACCUAAACAAGAGAAGCCUGCUGACAAGGGCAGUGAAAGUGGUACGACCAAGAAAGAAACUCCCAGUGUUAAAGGAACCUCCAAGACCACUAAAAAGACACAAUCAUCAGCAUCGACAUCCCUAAAUGUUUCAUCCACUUCAUCUUCCAAUGUUGUUGUUGUUGACUCAUCUGAAAACUCAGAGACCCCACAAAGCACCACAAAGACACUCAAAAAGAAAGAAUCCUUGGAGGAUAUAUGGGCAACCUUGGAUGAGAACAUUCAGACCACCGCCAGUGAGGUAACACGCAAGGCUGAGACAACAACGACGCAGAAGUCAGCCCCAACCAAGGUUUCCACUGGCUGUGGUACCUCCACAAAGUCCCCCAGUGUGGAACGUCCGCAAGAAGAGCCUAUCAACAAAACUCAGGCCCGAGAAAUUGGCACUUCGCCACCACCACCACAAACAAUUUCCACACAAACCUAUGAGCCCUUGCCCUUAAGAAAAUCUGAGACAAAGGAAGAAUCUCCCUUGCCAAAUGGGACAAGAGCCCCACCUAAUCAUGACUCCUUGCAGCCCCACAAUUUCCCUCCAACCAACAAAAUUCAAGAUUUGAAAUCCUUUGAAACGGAAGUCCUUCAGAACAUUCAUAAUAUCUCCCACAUACCUUCGCCCUAUCAAUAUCAGCCGUUGCCCCAGCAGCACAAUCAUCAUCACCAACAAUCGUACUAUGCCCCCCAAGAUCGUCAUCAGCGGUAUCGCAGUAACAACGAUUUGCGCAUGGAUGAUGCCAUGUCCUUGGAUUAUGAUUCCUACAAUGGAAUGGGCGGCAUGGGUGGCAUGGGUAGACGCCAUCCUUCCAUAAGUGAACUUUUGCUGCUACAAAGAACGUCAUCUCAAAUGCAUUCCCCCCUGACUGGCAGUAGCUAUGAUCUCUCAUACCGUCACAAUGGCAUGGAUAAUCACAAAGAAUCCGAUCUCUACAAAUACACCACAGAGGAGUUGAAUGCAGCCUUAAAGUACUGUGGACCCGACAUGCAUCCCUUGGUAUGGUUGCGUGACAACUGGCCCAAGCUCAUACAAACAGUGCAAAGUUUGGCCACCAAAUAUGGCCAGGAAAGGGCCGAGAACACCAUAGGCACCAUAUCCCAAAUGGAAGCCCGCGAAGCCUUGCGUCUGCACACCGGCAACAUUUGGCAAGCCGUCUCCGAGUGCAUAGAACAAAGGCAACGCAAGUAUAGAGAAAUUUCCAGCAGAGGCAAUUUCUCGCGCGAGGAUGUGGUCACCGCCUUGACCACGCAUCAAGGCAAUGUGGAAGCGGCUCUGCUCGAUUUGGGCCGCACCCAAUUGAAGCCCUUUCUCAUGCGCAUUUGGGGUUCGCCGGGAGGUGUAGAAAACGAAAGCGGAGCCAUCAUGUUGCCACCUGCCUCACCGCAAUCACCGCUUAACGAGCCAUAUGCCAUGGAUAAAGCUCUUUAACGUCUAUUUCGUUCUUUUCCUUUUUCUCAUUUUUAGACAUUCAUAAUUUCCUCAGUGCCAAUGCUUCUGAUUGCAUGCAAA